UCUUUCGCAGCCAAUAGGCCUCUGGUGCCCCACCCCUUCCGCACUGGGCAAAUUGAGCCCCCACAGCGUCUUCCGGCGGGAGCUGUGCAGCUCCUUAUCAUGGGGACAAUUCAUCUCUUUCGAAAACCGCAAAGAUCUUUUUUUGGCAAGUUAUUACAGGAAUUUAGACUUGUAGCAGCUGACCGAAGGUCCUGGAAGAUACUACUCUUUGGUGCAAUUAACUUGAUAUGUACUGGCUUCCUGCUUAUGUGGUGCAGUUCUACUAAUAGUAUAGCUUUAACUGCCUAUACUUACCUGACCAUUUUUGAUCUUUUUAGUUUAAUAACAUGUUUAAUAAGUUACUGGGUAAUGGUGAGGAAACCUAGUCCUGUCUAUUCAUUUGGGUUUGAAAGAUUAGAAGUCCUUGCUGUAUUUGCCUCCACAGUCUUGGCACAGUUGGGAGCCCUCUUUAUUUUAAAAGAAAGUGCAGAACGCUUUUUGGAGCAGCCCGAGAUCCACACGGGAAGAUUAUUAGUUGGUACUUUUGUGGCUCUUUCUUUCAACCUGUUCACCAUGCUUUCUAUUCGGAAUAAACCAUUUGCUUAUGUCUCUGAAGCUGCUAGUACAAGUUGGCUUCAAGAGCAUGUUGCAGAUCUUAGUCGAAGCUUGUGUGGAAUUAUUCCGGGACUUAGCAGUAUCUUCCUUCCCCGAAUGAAUCCAUUUGUUUUGAUUGAUCUUGCUGGAGCAUUUGCUCUUUGUAUUACAUACAUGCUAAUUGAAAUUAAUAAUUACUUUGCUGUGGACACCGCGUCUGCAAUAGCCAUUGCCCUGAUGACAUUUGGUACCAUGUAUCCCAUGAGCGUGUACAGUGGAAAAGUGCUACUCCAGGUUUCUACCUUGGAUGGAGUUUUAGAAGUCCGAAAUGAACAUUUUUGGACCCUAGGAUUUGGUUCAUUGGCUGGAUCAGUGCAUGUAAGAAUUCGACGAGAUGCAAAUGAACAAAUGGUUCUUGCUCAUGUCACCAACAGGCUGUAUACUCUUGUAUCUACUCUGACUGUUCAAAUUUUCAAGGAUGAUUGGAUCAGGCCUGCCUUACUGUCUGGGCCUGUUGCAGCCAAUGUCCUAAACUUUUCAGACCAUCACAUAAUUCCAAUGCCUCUUUUAAAGAGUACUGAUGAUUCGAACCCUGUCACAUCAACUCCAGCUAAACAUAGUAGUCCACCUCCAGAAUUUUCGUUUAAUACCCCUGGAAAAAAUGUGAGCCCUGUUAUUCUUCUAAACACACAAACAAGGCCCUAUGGUUUGGGUCUUAAUCAUGGACACACACCCUAUAGCACUAUGCUUAAUCAAGGACUUGGAGCUCCAGGAAUGGGAGCCACCCAAGGAUUCAGGACUGGUUUUACAAAUAUACCAAGUAGAUAUGGAAAUAACAAUAGAAUUGGACAACCAAGACCAUGAUGUACUCUAACUUAUUUUUAUGAAGAAUAUUGACUCCUAGGCUUCCAAUAUAUUUAGUAAUUCAACUUUGCAUUGACUGUUCAAUCAUUUACACAAAAUGUUAGAGAAUAGUAGGCUUGUUCACAUUUCAUGAAACCUAUAAACUAUAUUUUUGUAAAAUGUUUUGUGGCAGUGAGAUCCUUGUAAAUGUUAUAGUCUUUAAAUAGACUUCCUUUAGAAAGCGUGUUUCUCUAAAUUUGAAUUUUGCUAUCCUUGGUUUUGUAGCUGACUACAGUGUGAUACGACCCUACCUUUAUAAGAGAGCCACUUCAUGGAGUGGAUCUAUCACUUUACUGAGAAGACAAUAUUUUCUUUAGUGAAAUUUAUAAACAUGCUUCUUAAAUAAUAUACAUUUUAGGAAAGGACAAAAAUGCCAUUUGAAAAGUAAAAGGCUCUUUUAUAGUUUUUCCAAACUUACUUGCUACAUUUUUUCUUUGAGGUCUUCCUGAAUUAUAUCUUAUAAAGUAAGCAAAAAUUUUUAUCAAAAAUUUUGGGAUACGUUCUACUAUGUAGCACAAUUUAAAUUUUUGAAUCCAGAGUUUUGUUAAAGUUUUUCUCAUCAUUUAUAAGUUUUAACACAUAUGUAAAUAAUCCAUAAGUGUCCAGUGUUGUAAUUGGUUCAGUGAAUAUCAAACCUUUGGUGAAAUGCAGUGAAAGAAUCACAGUUUUCUAUAUUAUAUUUAAUCAAAUACUGACAUAAUAAUAUAUAUCUCUUUAACAAAUUUUAAUUGGAUAACUUUAAAUUUCUCAUUUUAUUAACAAAAUAUGUCAAACAUGUUACUCCAAAUAUUUGGAAUUCCAGACAUCAUAUGGAAUUUGAUAUCUUUUCAAAUUUGCCUAAGGAAUUUGACUAUAUAUUAUAUCAUUUUGUAGAAGUAUAAUGGAACUUCGAUUAUAGAAUACAGUAUUGUCAAGUCUUCAGUGAGCAGUUUCUGGCUUUUUUUUUGUUUUUCUUUGUUAAAGAUAAAGAUGGUGAAUUGUUAACUGAGAUGCACAGUGUGAGAAUUAUGUAGAUUAUAUAAUUUUUUUUGGUCAUUUUCCAAAUGCAGAUUUUAAAGACUUUCCAAUGUGGCCAGUAUUUCUUUCAAAAAGUAUAACAAGUAGCACUCACACAUUACCUGCAAGGCUUCUUUUUGUUUUGUUUUAUUAUGUGUUCUAUAAUUGUGGUUUUGAAAAAGCAUUUUGAGAAUAGAUUAAAGUUUUCUGGAAUCCAGAGCUGGAGAUUUAUAACUUUCCCAGGUAUCAACCAGCUAUAUAGACAAGAAUUUUGUUUUAGUAGAAUUUGCAACAAUUUCUUCAGUCAACUUAUUCUCUUUUAAGUAAGGACAACACUUCAAAAUCCUUUCUUUACAGUGGAAUCGCAGACAUUCAAGAAACCAUCUCUGUCAAGCAGAAUUGUAGUCAUUUGUGGUAAAAAGUCAGCAUGUUUUAAAUACCUUUUGCUUAGUGAAGAGUGAUUCAUUGUCUUUGACAUCUGCAAUCCUGUUUGGCCACUUGACCCAAUGAAGAAAAGAUCCCAGACUACCUUGACUACUGGAGUAAAUGAAAGCUUGUAAAAUGUCA